CUGAACUCUGCACAGCUCAGAACGCACUCUGCUACUACUAGACUUUGGUCGUGGUGGCGCGCAGACAAGGAGGGUGCAUGUUACGGAAGACACAUUUGGAAGGUUGGAACAGGGGAAGCAAAGUUGGUAGGGGCACGACAAGGAAGCAGUCCCAAUGGAAUCCGUUGCGCAGUUGCUCAAUGGCCCCUCGUGCAGCAGAGUUAUUGCAACGUUUGAAACCAACAGCUAUACAAAUGUCCCCUCGUUGGGAGGCACAUCUACUUCUGGUUACUGCCACCCCUCCCAUCAGAGCCCGCACUUUCCACACCUCCCUAAAUUUCAGCACUCCUUUCACCUUCCCACUUUCCAGCCUCAGUGCCAUUCGAGCUCAACUCCCUGUUUCUGGAAUCACAGAUUACCCCGUUCAAAUGCGCUUGGUAAAGCCACUCCUCGACAGCAUGCUUCCGCGUCUCCCCUCGCAUCAUCUCUUACCACUCCCCUUGUCUCUGCUGGCCAAUCAGGUAUCUUUGGCAAAAGUCUAGAACAUUUACAAUGUCUGCAAAGACAAAGUAGAGGACAGACAAGGCGAGGAGGCGCUCUAUUGACGACCAGUGCAAUGCAGAUGACACGCUUGAAACCGCCAGAGGAGAUGGCGGCGCCACCAGGACAGAAGCAGUUGGGGUAUCCGCAGCACGUCAAGUUUGCAAUUGACGAGAUUUGCGAGCUGGCGCCGCGCGCGUCGCUGGCGAAAGCAAUGGGAAACAUUCAGACGAAGCUGUCCCCCGGCGACUGGCAGUACGUGUUCAAAGAGCUCCAGCAGCGACGCGAUUGGCAGCGCGCCUCGCGCGUCUUCAAGUACAUGCAGCGCCAGCCAAUUAACCAGCCAACGGAGCACCUCUACACCCUCAUGAUGUCCAUUUUCGGGCGCGAGGGCAUGCUAGACAAGGCCCAGGAGGUGUUUGACGAGAUGCCGCGGUACGGCGUCCCGCGCAACGUGUACUCGUACACGGCGCUGAUCAACGCGUACGGCAAGAACGCGCAGUACCCACGCAGCCUGGAGCUGCUGGCCGACAUGAAGCGCGCGCGCAUCAUGCCCAACGUCGUCACGUACAACACCAUCAUCAACGCCUGCGCCAAGGGGGGCUACGAGUGGGAGGGCCUUCUGGACCUGUUUGGCCAGAUGCGCCACGAGGGCAUCCAGCCGGACUUGAUUACUUACAACACGCUGAUCGCGGCGUGCGCUGACCGGGGGCUGCUGGAGCAAGCGGGGAUGAUCUUCAAGGUCAUGAUUGAAGCAGGGUGCAUACCCGACACGCUAACCUACACGUCCCUGAUGGCCGCCUUCUCUUCUGAGGAGCGGUAUAACGACAUGGCGGACCUGCUCUUCUGGAUGGAGGACGUGGGCACCCUCCCUGACGUCACUGCUUACAACAUCCUCAUCAACGCUUACGGCAAGGCCGGCCAGUUCCGUGAGGCGUCGGCGACAUUCAAGCGCAUGAAGCGCGCCGGUGUGUCGCCGACUGUCGUCACGUACUCCACGCUUUUGGACGCUUUGGGCAAGUACGGACAGUACGAGAGUGUCCGAGAGAUCUUCCGGGAGAUGGUGGCGUCCGAAUGCGCGCCGAACGUGGUGACGUUUAACACGAUGAUCGACGCAUUUGGGCGGGGGGGGCACUACAAGGAGGCGGUGGAUCUGUUUGAGAGCAUGGAGGAGACGGGAGUGGAGGCGGACCACAUCACAUACAAGGGUUUGUUGGCGGCCUGCGGGAUGGGCGGGCUAGCGCGAGAUGCGGCGAAGCUGGAGCGGCACAUUCGGCGGCGCGGUUUCCCUGCGACGGUGGACAUGUACAACAGCAUGAUCGAGGCCUACUCGAAAGCGGCCCUGUACGAGGAGGCGCUCAGCGUGCUGGACGGGAUGACGGAGUCCAAGGUCGAGCCGGACGAGGCGACCUACUCGCUGUUGCUGGGCAUGUUCGGCAAGGCCGGGCUGCACCGCGAGGCCGCAGAGAUGUUCUGGAAGAUGCACGACCGGGGCUUCCUACCGGGCGUCCCCACGUACAACGCGCUCAUCGACGCAUACGGCCGCGGCGGCUUAUUAGAGGAGGCCGAGCACGUAUACGAGGACAUGCUCGAAGCCAAAAAGGCGCCCAGCCUAGGAACGUUCGCCGCGCUUUCGGCAGCAAUUGCAGCAAAGGGCGACGGCGAAAGCGCGGGGGAUUUGUAUUCAGAUAUGGUGGAAGGGGGCUAUAAGCCGGACGGGCCGCCGUUUUGUAACCUAAUCGCCGCUUAUGCGAAGAUACGAGAUGUGGAUAACGUGGCGCGGUUAUUGCGAGAGAUGGCGGCGCCCCGGCAAAGCUUGGAGGUGUCGACGCUCGCGGGGUUGCUGGUGGGGCGGUACGACGACGAUUACAGGUGGCAAGAGGUCGAGUUCGUGCUCGAAGCCCAACGCGACCGGGGCCUGUCCGACAACAUGGUCUUCUACAACGCGCUCCUAGACGCCCUUUGGGAACUGGGCCAACACGCGCGCGCCGUCAAAAUAGUGCGGGCCGCUUUGGCCCGAGGGACGUUCCCCGAGGCAGUAAAGCGGUCGGACAUGAUCUGGGCGAUCGACGUGCACCGAAUGAGCGGCGGAGCUGCUCUCGCGCUGCUGUACAGCUGGCUGGGGGAGAUGCGGGCUCUACGAAAGAAGCGCGUCAAAAAGGGAGAGGAGCCCCCCCCGGAGUCCCCAGGGAUCCCCGAUACCCUCAGCGUCGUGGCCUGGGUGGGCCUUUCGAAAGCGUCCCCGAGGGACGUUCCGGUCUACCAGGCAAUAAACAUUGCCCUAACGGAAUUGGCCGGAAGCACCAGUAAUUAUCCGUUCCAGCCCGCCCCCUGGUCCGAGGGCCGGUGGAUAGCAUCCGGGCCGUCGGCAAGCAAAUGGCUAGCGGGGGUAAAGCUGGGCCGGAAACUAGAGCUAGACGACGCCCCCCUCCCGGAGCUUUUCGUAGACAUCGUCGAGCGGGGAGCGCUGCGAUAACGGCAACGGAUUCCAGUCGUCCUUUCCGUAAGCAGGGGCGGCGUAAAGGUAUUGAACGAGGAUACAGGGGGUCGGGGAAUUUCUCGCGCGGCGCUUGUUUUUGCUGUCGAAGCAAUCUCUCUGAAUUGCUUCCCGUAAAGAAUCAAGCCUGGCCCCUGACGUUGUUGCCACAAGAUCAAAGCUGCAAACCUGGAGGGAUUCGAAGACGAGCCUGAUCGCCCGAGAAUGCAAGGAGUUUGCGAACAUUUGGGCAGAAUGCGUGCCGAAUUGACUAAGUGAUGCCAGUCAUGAGCGACACAAUUGCAGGUUGGCUGAAUAUGAUCCUUCUGUUUCGCUUCGCAAGCACGAACAGGAACUGCAAGGCUGGAAUCUGCAAAAACGAAUUUACCUAUUUUGAUAUGCGUU